CGUGAGGGGCUGGCCUUGACCAGCGGCGAGCUGCUUGUGUCUGUCGGGCUACACGUCGACCACUUGGCCGUGCCAUCGUCACAAUGAACGCUCCUCGCAUACCAAGCCCACCUGGGGCCUCAGCUGCUUCGUCUUCUGAACGGGUCAAUAGGGUAGAGCGUAAUGGGCCUCCGGUUUCUCACAGCCAGCCUGCCCAAUAUCAACUGCGUCCCAGUGGCCACACCUCCCGAGACUCGUCCGUGAUCCGGGGCAUCAAUGGCAGCUUCGCGCCGGGUGCGCAAACGCCGCGCUCCGGCGUCACCCACGCCUCCUGGUUAUCGCAGGGCGUCGACUCGAACCUGUCCUUCACGUCCUCGGUCCAACAAGAAGAAGCCAAGCUGCGAUGGGACUCGGACGAGGAGCUCAAGAAGAUGUCCAAGGAAGUGCUCCGCCUCCAGAAAUGGGCCCUCAUUUCCGGCCUCGUCAUGCUCAACGCUGCCCUCAUUUACGUCGGAUACACGUACGGCACUAAGGUGUACUACUUCUUCCUCGUCCUCCUCAGCUCCAACACGAUGCUCCAGGCGGCCAUGUGUAUCACCAUCAUCUUUCACUGGUUCGUCACCCAUGUGCUCCUGUUCUGGUGGAAGCCGAAGGAGAACAUCCCCGAGAUGCCGGAGAAGAUGGUCAUGCUGCUUCCCUGCUACAACGAGACGUACGACGAGCUGAGGCGCUCGCUCGAUUCGUUGAUCGCCCAGAAGAACAUUGACGACCACCCCCGCGUCAUCUUCAUCGUUGUCGACGGCAAUGUCCGUGGCCCUGGCAUGACCAAGACCACCCAGGGCUAUCUCCUCGAGGAUAUCCUGGAGCCUGGCCCAUCUCGGUACUUUGAGAACGGAUACCGUGCUCGCGACGGCUUGUUCAUGCCCGUCAACACGCAGACCGGCUUCUACAAAGGCAUACCGUACGUCUUCGUCGGCAAGCGCUACAACCAGGGUAAGCGCGACAGUUUGUGCUUCGCCCGUUCGUUCCUGUACCACUUCAAGCAGCGCUCGGAGAACAUCGUCACUAUGUUCAACAACGAGCUCUUCGAGUACCUCGGCAACAACUUCGUGCAGGGCGGCGUCGACAACAUCGACUACCUCUGCGGCAUGGACGCCGACACCGUCUUCGAUGACUUCUGUGUCUGGGAGAUGAUCAAGGAGAUCCGGAAGAAUCCCAAGGUCGUCGGCGUCUGCGGCCACGUCUGCGUCGACUACGACGGCCACAACUGGGGCUGGUGGUCGCUAUAUCAGUCCGUCGAGUACUCCCAAACCCAAGGUCUCCGUCGUAUGUUCCAGUCGCGCAUCACCGGCAAGGUCAACUGUCUUCCCGGUUGUUGCCAGCUCAUCCGCGUCGACGAGGCCACGUUCGGUGAUUCGGUGCUCCGCGAGCGCUUCGGCUACUGCCCCAAGCCCAACGACGUCAUGACCCAGCACAUCAUGGGCAACUAUUCCGAGGAUAGCAUCCACGCGUCCAUCAUCUUCAGCCUCUUCCCGCACAAGCAGACGGCGCAGGCCCUCCGCGCAAAGGCCUUCACCAUCGUGCCUCAGAACUGGAAGGUGUUCCUGUCGCAGCGCAAGCGUUGGGCGCUGGGCAGCAUCUCCAACGAGUUCGUCAUGAUUUUCCGGCCGGGCAUCAUCCUGAUCGAGCGGCUGCAGAGCAUCGUCGCCGUCGUCACCUGGGCCAUCACGCCCUUCAUCAUCGCGGCGUUUGUCGAGCUCAUGAUCGUCUUCGCCAAGCGAGGCCGGGAAGUCAUGUCAGACCCUGUUUUCCUCGGCCUAAUCUGUGUUUUAUUCUUCCGCUACGUUUACUCCUUCUGCAUUGGCUUCUGGCUGCCUCGGAAUUUCCUCGAGAGCAUGCAGUAUUUUGUGGGCUUCUUCCUCCACAUUGCCACAUCUCCGUUCAUGAACAUCAUCAUCUUGGUAUACUCUCUGUUCCACUCCGACGACUUCAAGUGGGGUAAGACCCGUGAAGUUAUCCGAGGUGAUAAUGAAAAGGACGACGUCGACGACACCGGUGGCCGCGGCACUCACUGCUGAUAAACUGGUCAAUUAAUGAACUGAUUGUCUGAUUAGCAUACACCCCCCUCCCCAACUGGCCCAAUCUCCGGGCCAAGACGAGGCAAAAAUAAUCUCUUUCCUGAGUCUUUCUUUAUGGAUGUAAUAGAUGGCAAGCAACAGAAAAUGUCGGGAUAGGAUAUUGUACGCGUGGAAUAGCCUGGCGAAUUGUUACAUACUC